UAGCUAACGGCCGGCCGGCUCUUCCCCGCAGCCGCCUCUGGAGGGAGCUGCAGCCUCUCCCGAGGAGGCUCGGCCCCGCCGCCAUAGCUCCCCGCCGCGCUCGCCCCAAGCCUCUCCCCCGCCGGCCGGCCGGGCCCGCCCGUGCCGCCAUGGCCGACGUGGAGGACGGAGAGGAGCCCGGCGCGCCGGCCUCACAUUCAGGCGGCUCGGGCUCCAAGGCCUCCGGCGACAAGAUGUUCUCCCUUAAGAAGUGGAACGCGGUGGCCAUGUGGAGCUGGGACGUGGAGUGCGACACGUGCGCCAUCUGCCGGGUCCAGGUGAUGGAUGCCUGUCUUAGAUGUCAAGCUGAAAACAAACAAGAAGAUUGUGUUGUGGUCUGGGGAGAGUGCAACCAUUCCUUCCAUAAUUGCUGCAUGUCCCUGUGGGUGAAACAGAACAAUCGAUGCCCUCUGUGCCAACAGGACUGGGUUGUCCAGAGAAUAGGCAAAUGAAAGUCCAGGGCUUCAUUGAGUGCUGGGGUCUGAGGACCUGAGUGUGUCAUGUAAGGAAUAGAGCACUCCAAAGAUGGCAUCACUUCACUUGUCUUUGCUUGAUUAAAAGAAUGAGUUGGACACUUGCUGAAGUAUGGGUGCAAACAUUUGGUCCCCUUUCGUUUUAGAACUCUACAAGUAAGAACAGUGCGUUACAGAUAACAUUUUUUUCUUUCUUUGGUGUGAAUUGUAGAUACUGCUUAGAGAUGCCAUAUUAGAAAGAAUAGCUUCAAUGUGAAUGACUUUCCUGAUCUUAUUAAAGUCUUAGAUAAAAGGACAUCAGGAGAGUGAGUUCUUUUCAGACAAGAGGGCUUUUGCAUGUUUAUAGUUAAUCAUUAAAAGUUAUUCAUGAAUAAAAGAGUAUUUAAAUCUAAUCCAUGUACAGGAAUGGUUUGGUACUAAUAGUACCUCCCCCCCUCCACCCCCGAUAUAAAUAAUUUAUGCAACAUUCUUUUCAGUUAGCUAGGAUUUGGGCUUUCUUUAAAAAAAAAAAAAAAAGAAAGAAAGAAAUUUUAUGGCUAACUACCAGUAAGUAACCAAGGCAGCCAAAAAUCAGAAUUCUCUUUCUCUGAGAAACUGAAUUUUAAUUGUCUUAUGAGGCUGUAUGUUGAUUCUUUAGUGAAAACUAUACCCAAAAUUUUAUAGUCAUUGAGUUAUGAGCACAUAAGUAUUUCUAGAUCACACUUUUAUUUUUACCAUAUUAUAUUGCUUUAUUGGUGAUUUAUAUUGAAUGAAUAGCCAUAAGAAAAAAGUGUUUUAUUUACUUCUUAGACCUUUGAGGAGAAAAUUACAAACUCAUAACACUAUUUGAUAAAUGAUUAAGGGUUCUAUUAAAUUGUUUAAUUACUUGAGCUGUGAGAUAAUAAAUAUUAAAGUAAUCUGAUUUCUGUCUUGUGAAUGUUUGUCUCUUUUAGAAAACUUUGCAUAUGAUCAUUAUUUUAAUUGAGAUUAAAAUUUUAAAAUCUCUCAUUUGAAUGCAUUAAAGUAGAUACUGCUGGUAGCUUAAUCAAAUUUGUUUACAUUUGAAGAUGUUUUUUGGAACCUGAUAGUCAGCCUGAAGAAAUUUGAAAUGUAAGGCAUUUUUCAGCUAGAGAAUUCUCCAAAUGGAAGUUACUAUCUUGCCUCUGAAUAUUAAAUGUAAAGUGUUUGUGAGUGCUUGAAAAAAAAUGUAAAGAAAAAUAUUUAUCUCAACAAAUUCAAAGAAGAAAACGACUAUUUACUUUCCUAUUUUUAGAAAUUAGUGGUCUUGAACUUCAUUUCAACAAUCCAAAAAAGAUUAGAAAACUAAAGGAUUUGAGUGAUCUAAUAAAAAAAAACUUUUUAAUUAA